AUGGGCAGCACAUAAAAGCCAUCCAACAUAAACCCACUCUAGGUGCUUUCGAAUCCCAGGUUUCAUCCCGCCAACGUCUCUCUCGUAUCUACACCACCUAUUUACAUUAGCAGCACCAUCCCGUCCAGAUAUUUGACCUUCUCGCCUAAACCAAUCCUCCAUCAUGGCCAACACCAACCCCGGAAACUUUGCCAACCGCCCCAAGGAGGAGGUGCUGGCUGCCGCAUCAAAGGGCGGAAAGGCCUCGUCCACUGCGACGGAGAGCGCCCCCGACGACAGCGGAACCGGCAAGCAGGGCUUCGCCAGCAUGGAUCCCGAGCGUGUGCGCGAGAUCGCAUCAAUGGGCGGAAAGGCGGCGGCGGCGUCGAGGGCGGAAGGCAGCCCCGACGAAGACGAGACCGGCAAGCAGGGCUUUGCCAGCAUGGAUCCCGAGCGGCAGCGCGAGAUCGCGUCGAUGGGCGGAAAGGCGUCCUCGGGCUCAUUCAAGCCGGGCGAGUGGAGGGCGAAGGAGGCCGGCCACAAGGGCGGCCUGGCCUCGCACGGCGGCGGAAGCUCGUGAGCGCCUCGUCCGCUUGUGCUGCGUGAAAAGGGACAUUGGUCUUUGUGUUAUGGUCUCAACAGCUAGCUACCAACAUUCCUGCGUUGAUGGCCUAGAAUGGAUGGUUUUCCAAGACAGUUCGGAC